GGUGUUGGAGUGUGCAUUUGAAUGGAUGAAAUAUUUUUAUAAGAAUAAUUUUUGUAUUAUUUAAGAAGAAAAAAGAAAUUUUAAAGAUUUUAUAAUUUAUAAAUGAGGAGUUGAAAAAAUAGAGUGCAAAAUAAUUGGUAUGGUGCCAAGCACUCCGCACACACAAGACAAAUCUCGAAUGUGGUUUUGGCGCGAAGGUCUCGUCUGAGUCCUCUCUGAGGAGGUAAUUCUUCCAUGGGGAGGUUAUUAGGGUUUCGUCCUCCUCAGUUCUCGGAGGAGGUAGCUUGGUGUCCUGCUUGGCUCCAACAACACCAUGUUGAGCCAUUCGAUGAGCAAACUACUCCCGAGCAACAAUUCACGAACAUCAGCACUGGAAAAGAUGUGAAUCUGUCAUCAAGGAAUGAAGGUAGAUAUAAUAGCUGCCACCUGUUCUUAUCUGGGGAAGACAAUUCACCUGCUAGUUUGGCUCAAUCUUCUGAAAAUCAGGUGGUACAUUUUCAUCUGCAUCUAUCACCAGAUGGUAUUUCACAGCAUACACCAAGUUCACUUUUGGAUACGUCCCAAGCAGGGAGGACAUCCUCUAAUAAUGUUCUAUCAGUGCAUCAAACUGAAGUGUCAUCAGCAGGUCAAGAAGAGAUGGAGAAUCAAUUCAGAGUGGGUUAUAAUGUUGAUGUGGUAAAUAUGCCUCCUUUGACUUCCCAGCAGGAAACAUCUGACCAUGUUUGUCCUCAAUCUCCUGCAAAGGACAAGGAUGUCACGAUAAAUAAUGAAGAAAAUGCUGGAUAUCUCAAAGUUUCUGAUAUCAAUGAAGCUGUUGAACUCUCGAUUGCGGCAUCUGAAGCACUAAUCAUACAUGACAUGGUAAAGAGUUCACCAUCCACAAAAUCAUUGGCAGCUGCAGCUGUACUUGAAAUUGCCCUUCGAGUGAAGCAAGCACGCUUGGAGGGUUUGGAAGACGGCUUCCACUGCCCCACUGAGGAUAUUGAUGAAAUGGAUUUUCUAUCAGACUUGGAUGAAUCCGAUAUGGCAGAUGCAUUUGACGAUGUGGGCUUAUCUGUUAGUAAUCUUGAUGAUCUGUGUGCUUGUGCUUCAACCAUAUCUCAAGUUAAAGAUACACCCAGUUCAGAAAAUCAUUAUGGAUGUGAUGAGGGCCAGGGUACUCCAAAAGUUGAUUGUGAUGACAUAUCUGUAAAACAACAGUCAACAGAUAUUUUGGACAUGGCAAAACAUGAAGGAAAAGAUUUACCAAUAGAAGUUCUUGAUUUUGACAGGCAAAGGAAUCUUAUAGAUGAUCCAACUUUUGGUUUAGAGACCUUUGUUGUGGCAGCUCACAAUGACUCCAUGGUGCAUUUGUCACUCACGGCAAAUUCUGAUGUUCCAGCAACAACAAAGGCAAAAGAGGGAGUUGACUUUGCCAUGGAGAACAUGACUUCAUUUCAGCCUCAAACAAAUUUGAACUGUCCUCCUCACGCUUGGAAUAAUGUGAAUAAUGAAAGAGAUGAUAACCUAACAAUUGUAAGCUCUGACAGAUUUCAGAGCCGCUGGAUGGGCGGUUGGAUGUGGAAGAAGGAAAUAAAUGUUCAUGCGUUGGCGGAACAUGAUAAUGCUAAAAGCAUUCCCAAAUUUUUGGUUGGCGAGACAAGCUAUCUAUCGGAAUCAGCUGAUAUUGCCCAAGAUGAAAAUUCAUUUGUGCAGGACCAGGAUAAAGGGUCUCACAUGGCUUCUCAAUCAAGCAUACCUAAAGAUUUACAUAACAGGGAUGAUGAGGGUAUAUUGUUUUCUCAGGAUGUCAUGAGAUCUUGUAGUUUAUCCUUGGUCGAUCCUCUUUGUUCUGUUGUUCCAUGCAGUAUUUCUUCAGAAAAUGCCUGUUCUACUCUUGCUGAGAAUCCAAAUGAUGAAGUUGAUGCUGGAAAGUGCCUCAGGCCUGCAUCAGAAUAUUCUAACUUGAAUUUGCAGAGAACCUCAUGUUUGAAUCCAGAAUUUGUACAUGAGGAAAGGCAAGCUGUCUCUAUAAUUAAUGGUGAAGGUUCUAAGUGCACUGUUCGCAAGCAGUUGACCUCACUUAAAACUUAUAGCAUGGUAUUGCCUCACCGCAGUGCCUUUGGGGAGAGGGAUAAUAUUUACUGUAAUCGCUCAUUCCCGUCAGAAUACAGUUCAGGAUUGCUUUCUGCUAAGCAAAAUAUGGGCUGUAAGAGGGGUUCAACAGGACAACCAUCUUUGGAUUUCAUACGUAAAUGUAGUACUUCUAGAGAAAUGGAAGGAAAUUAUGAAACUUCAGUUGUGCAGAAUCCAGUCACAGAUUUCAUGAAUCAGAAGAGAAACAAUGAUGAGACUGCAAAAGAUGUGACUGAGUUGCAGGUUCACAUGGAGAAAGCUAGGUGCUCACCUCUUAUUUUAAGCCGGGGGAAGCGUAGCCGUUUUCAGGCUCCUAAAGAGUUUGUAAAUGGUUUCAGUGGAGAAGAAAAUCCAGAACAUUCUGCGAAACAAAAGAGUGAUUCUAAGCUUCCACAGAGCAAGAACCUUAAAAAAGAGCAGCUUAAAUGCAAAAUUGCUUGUGAUGCUGAGGUUCCAGCAAGAAAACGAGUCCGUUUCUCAGACACUGAAAUUCAGCUUCCACAGAAGAAGGAUCUCCGAAAGAUGCAAUCUUCACACAGAGAUUGCUCAACUACAAGAGCUGGUAAAAGAUUGAGACAUUCCAACCCAAAGUUUAAGUCUACAGUUCAAGAAGUAAAAAAGAGUCAAACAAAUUGUCUUGCCCAGAUCAUUAACAGACUGAUAUUCCGAGAUAUAGAAUUCUUGCUUACAGGUUUUCCUAGACAAAAGGAAAAGGAAACCGAGGGCCUAAUUAGGAAACAUGGUGGUAUAGUUCUUGCUGACAUUCCAUCUCCUCCAAAUUUGAGGGGAAAGAGAAGCUCAAAAUUAAAACUACAGAAGCUUCCCAUAGUUCUGUGUUUCAGAAAGCUAGAAACGACCAAGUUCUUGUAUGGCUGCGCAGUAAAUUCCUACAUACUUAAUGUUAAUUGGCUUAUUGAUUCAGUAGCAGCUGGUUAUGCCUUACCGCGUGACAAAUAUAUGAUUAUAUCAAAUCAUUUUGGUGAAAAGUGCACCAGAAUAGGUAGGCCACUAUGUCGCAAUAACCACAAUUAUAUAUUUGACGGAGUAGGUAUCUUGCUUCAUGGGAAGCACAGUUUCUGCACCAGACUAUCAAAAGUUGUGAAGCAUGGAGGUGGCAAGGUGUUCAAAACCCUUCAGUUGUUGGUCCAGAAUCUUAAUGCUGAGAAGAUUUCUGCAGGGGUUAUUGUUGCCGAGGAUGAGAGCAGGGUUUCGCGUCACUUGAAGCAUUGUGCUUCAGAGGGCAAGAUAGCAAUGAUGCCUGCUAGCUGGAUCAUAAACAGCUUACAUUCUGGAAAGCUUCUUCCUUUCAUGGAGAAUAGGCAUUCCUCUUCUUUGCCCAGAAUCAAGAUUUUGGAUUUUCCGGAUUCCAUGGCAAUGAGUGAAGAAAUAUGAAUCUUUCUCCUUCUGUAGCCGCUUAUGGUGUAUUGGGUUGAUCCAUGGAAUUGUUUUAGACAAAAUAUCACUUGUUUUGUUCAACUUCUUCUGCUAUGAAGAGAAGUGGUUUUGAAGCUAAGCUGCUGUUGUGUUCCUUUUCAGAGAUGCUAAAAUUUUGACAAGGAAGUUCCCUCAGUGCCUUGAAACUCUUGGAGCUGAUGAGUUGAAGAGAUAAUAUCCUGAUGACCACAAUUUUUUGUGACAAUCUUUAGGUUUGUUGACAUUGACAAUUUUUUUUUUGGUGAUUUCGAUGAGCGGUGGAGUAGCUUUAAUCGAAAUAAAAGUUGAUUAGAAUUUCCAAAGUAAGUUAUAAAUAAGUAGUCAUAAUUGAAUUGUUCCAAUUUGACACCGGAAAAGUAGGAAUGGGAAUGAUGAAAGAAUGAAAAAUGCUCUUAACUAUUUUUAGGCAGCUAUUAACUUGUGUGAUGCAAUAGGAUCAGUCAUCAUGGGUCAUGAUAUUUGAGUGAGAUUUAUCGGUUGUUUUGUGUAUAUUGUAUAGUAUAGUUGUAUUGUCAACUCUGUUGUAUAGUUUUAUUUCUUAUUAUUACAAAAAUUUAAGGUAAUGUGGGAAUCCUAUUCCAA